AUGAAAAUUGCCAGAAGACGACGUUGUCAGGAAAGAGCCAGAAGGAGAAAAAUGAGAAAAACUCAACACGAGCUGAUAAUGUUAAAGGCGCGCGACACGAUGCUUCACUGUCAACGGACCGCCCGUGUAUGUAUUGAAGUACAAGUGCUGAAUGUGAUACGGAAGGCUGAACGAAGACGGCAGAAGAUGGAGUUGGAAUUAAUGGAACAGGAAUUGUUAAAGGCGUUGGGAUUGAGUGAGAAUUCGGACGAGAAGAAAAUCGAGGAGUUGCCACCGGAAAAGAAAUUUUGA